AUGGCACGACCGAUCAAGACCAUCGGCUAUAUCGGCCUUGGCAAUGCCGGCAUUUCUAUGUCCAGCAACCUGCCCAAGAACGGCUAUCACCUAGUCGUGCACGAUCUAGACGCCGAGAAAGUCCAACGAGCCACCAAAUGGCAGAACACAACGUCCGCAACAAUCUCCGGCUCAUACGACCCAUCGGCAUUCGAGAAAUGCGAUGCCAUCAUCACCAUGCUUGCCCAUGGCGGCAUUCCUGGCACCAUCGUCGUUGACACCUCCUCAUCAUCCCCCUUCGACACCAAGAAGCUAGGCGAGGAGCUCGCCUCCCACAAACUCAUCUUACUAGACAGCCCCAUCACGCAGACGUACAUGCAUGCCACCGACGACGGGCGGUCGACGCUCAUGGUUGGCGGUUCCAAGGAGCAUUUCGAGCUGAUCAAGCCUGUCCUCAGCUGCAUGGCGACCUACAUCUUCCAUAUGGGCCCGCUCGGAUCCGGACAUGCGAUGAAGACGCUAAAUAACUACAUCAUGGCCUCCUCGAUCUGCGCACUAUCGGAUUCGUUGGUGACCGGGCAGAAAUAUGGACUGGAUCCGCAGCAGAUGAUCGACUGUCUAAAUGUGGGCACCGGGGUGAACUUUCCGACAAUGGACACGUUUCGACGGGAUGGCCUGACGCGGAGGUUUGAUAGCGGAUUUGGCCUGGCGUUGUUGGUAAAGGAUCUGGGCAUUACGGAGGACUUCAUGAGGUAUAGUGAAUUCGAAACGCAGCUGCCGGGCGUGUUGAGGAGGUAUCUAAGCCAUUCAAUGGAUGUGAUUGGCGAGCCGAGGAAUAAGACGGCGGAUCACACUGAGUGCAUCCGUGGCUGGGAGGAGAGGUCGGGCGUGGAGUUGAACAAGACGGAGAAGGUGAGAGACAUCCCACAGGAGGACUUCGAGCAUAGGCUGGCAGGGUUGAAUAGGAGAUGA